AUGCCUGCUGCCCGUCAAGAUCUCCAUCAUCCCAACGAGCUUGAGGCUGCAUUUGCUCUUCAAAAACACCCCAACGAAUCCGACGAUGAAGUCCUGUCUCUUCUCUCCUCCAAUUCAAACGACCACGAUGACAACGAAACUCUCUUGCCAGCCCAUCAUCGCAACCACUCAAUGUCAUCCGUAUUCUCUCUGGAAUCGAUCCCCAUGAUUCCCUUGUCUCAAUCCCACGUACAAGGCCCAGAGUUACAGAAAAAGGUGUCGUUUUGGAAUGGUCUUGGUUUUGUUAUUGGCUCCAUGAUUGGAAGUGGUCUUUUCAGCUCUCCAGGUCCUGUAUUGGAAGCAAUGGGCGCACCAGGAACAGCACUUGUCAUCUGGGCCAUAUCGGGUUUACUAGCAUUAUGUGGUGCACUUUGUUAUGCAGAAUUGGGUACCAUGCUUCCCAUGAAUGGUGGCGAAUCGGUUUAUCUCAGCCGAGCGUUUGGCAGCCUUAUAUCAUUUACUUUUGAAUUCGUAUGCAUCAUCGUACAAAGGCCAGGAGGAUUGGCCAUUGUAUGCACUGUAUUUGGCGAUUACGUCUCUCGGAUAGCCUAUCACACCUACUUUUUUCGCAUGCCACACGAUUCAGAUGAAGCCGUUGAGCUAGCUGAUGCCAUCAUCCCCGAUUACUUGCCCAAGCUAUUAGCCAUCAUCAGUCUCAUUGUUGUCAGCCUCAUCAAUGCUUUCUCAGUACGAGCCGGGAUCCGUGUACAGGAUGGACUUUCAGUUCUCAAGGUGUUGACAGCACUUGUCAUUUCGGUUGCAGGAAUGGUCAUUCUUAUUAAAGGCACUAUGGUUGGAAACAGUCUCCAAGGCGACCCAUUUGCAGGAUUUGAUUCACUUAGUUUUGGUCAAUACGCCCUUGCACUUUAUUCAGGGUUAUGGGCUUAUGAUGGUUGGAACAAUCUCAAUUAUAUAUCCGGUGAAAUGAAGCAACCGCAUCGUGACCUUCCUCGUGUCAUUGUUAUCGGCAUCCCAGUGGUCAUUGUUUGCUAUUUAUUCGCCAAUGUUGCCUACCUUGCUGUAUUACGACCUGAGGUUGUCAUGCAUACCAAUUCGGUUGCCAUGGAUUUUGGAAAGAAGCUUUUUGGUGCUGCUGGUGGAAUUUUACUUGCUGUGUGUGUAGCAUUAAGCUGCUUUGGGACAGCCAAUGCCACCGUGUUCACAGGCUCUCGAAUCAUUUACGUAUCAGCCAAACAAGGCCAUAUUCCCAGCUUCUUUGGACGACUUAGCGCAUCUAGACAGACGCCAAUGACAGCAAUUGCCUUACAGGCUGUGUUGACAGCCAUUAUGAUUCUUGUGGGUUCCUUCCGUGGGUUGGUUAAUUUUUAUUCUCUUUGUGCGUGGAUAUUUUACUUUUUGGCCGUUUUAUCAUUGCUCAUUUUCCGCUAUACAGAACCUGAUCUUAAAAGACCUUAUCGCGUAUGGUUGACAACACCCAUUCUUUUCUGUAUCGUGGCAUUAUUCUUGUGCACCAUGCCGUUCAUUGAAGCGCCCGUUGAGAGUGCCAUCUCAGCAGCAGCCAUAUUAUCAGCAUUCCCUGUGUGGCUCGUUCAAGUCAAGUAUCGUGAUGCUAUCGGCAGGAUAUGGACUGGUGUGAUAAAUCGGAUACGAGGACGACCCCAAGGAUAUCAAGGGAUGGAAUUAUCCGAAGCAGAUGACCUCUAG